AUGGCCUCCACCUUCACUGAUUGUAUUCUUUCUGCCUUACAUGAGGUUGGUCGCGUUCUGGACGAGACCCAUCCUUCUGAAUAUAUGCUUGUACAUUAUUUCAAGCUACUGAGAUAUAGGCUUGGAAACCUCAAAAUGGUUGUCCUUUCUGCCACAAAGCGUGGCAUUAACUUAAGUCCGUCAUCUUUGCUAGAAACUGAAGAUCUUGUCCGUAAAAUUGCAGAAUAUGUUCCCUUUUUUGAUCCGUUUGAGGACUAUUCGACUGCCCUUUAUUGGGCAUUCGAAGACCUUUCAUCUCUUCGAAAACUGAUGGAAGAAUUGUCUGCACCCCUCUUGGAUGCCCUGAGUCAAUCAAGUUCUCUCCCAAUAGAUGAAGUCUUGGAAUUCAUUAGCUUCUCUCUGGAGAAUCUGGAAAAUUUUCAGGACUUGAGAGUCUUUUGUAUCCCUAGUGCUCUACUUGAUGCAGUUAAAGCCUUGGGAGAGCAGGUGAAAUUCUUGAAAAGUCUAAUCCUCAUUGUAAUACAGAGAAAUAUUGAACCUGGGAAGGAUUUGUUGGCUCAUUCUGGAGCUGUUGCUGUUGAUGCUGCAUUUCUCCUCUUUGAUGAUGGAAUUUCCAGGCAAAGAGAGGGAAGAAUCGGGUUACAUGAAAAUUUUGUAGAAGAACAGAAGUUGGAGAUUUCAACGUUGAUGCAAAUGAUCAAACCUAUUCAUCCUCAAGUUUACAAGACUUACACUGAAGCACUGAGUAGAUCAAAGUUGGCACCAGAAAAUGAAGCUCUUAUUGCAACACAGAAUCUUCUUUCUUCUCUCAUAUCUAUUCUCCGCGAGGAGCUUGCAAGGACUACCCAUGUUCUGGUUCCUAUCAACAAGGAUCAGCUGCAAGAGCUCUAUGAAGGACUUGUGUCUUUGAGAAAAACGAUUCUCAAGCAACAGCCAAACAAACUUGAUCUGAAAAUCAAGGAAGACAUUGUCACUGUUGUCUGUGAUGCAGGAGUUUUCAUCUGCUCAUUUCAACACGCGCAUAAGGAAACGGAGCUUAGUAUUGUUCAUGAACUGACAGAAGCAAUCAAGAUUAUUCAAUCAAAUCUUCGAGAAGAAGAUGCAAUAGCUCCAACAACGUUCAAGUCUCAAAGCACUACUCAUUUGGCUUUUGUAGACUUUUUAUUGGAAAAAUUGAUGGAGUUGACAAGCAACAAUGAUGAGCCAACUGCUAAGAAUCUUGCUCCAACCAUCCAAGAAGAACUUGUCUUCUUUAGAUCUUUCUUGGAGGAAACUGUGGAGUUGCCAAACGAUCAUCAGGAGCAACUCCAAGCUCUCAGGGGUCGUGUUUUGGAGGCGACAUACAGGAUAGAGGAACUCAUAGAGUACCUAUUGGUUGGUAAUCUCCCAGAUUCUGCUUCAGAACCAAUUUUUUGUACCAUGAAAGACAUCAGCAACAUUAAGACCGAAAUCAAAGCUAUGAAGAGACCAGAAAUCAAUGUUCUAAGAGUAACGGCGAUGCACAGUCACUUGGGAUCAACUACCCCAUCAGUGACAAAAGAAAUUGUUGGCUUACAAGAUCAAGCAAAGUCAAUAAUGAAUCAACUCAUGAGAGGAUCAGAAAACUUGCGGAUCGUGGCAGUUGUAGGUAUGGCGGGUCUAGGUAAGACCACUUUGGCAGAAAAGGUUUACAACAAUGAAUCAAUCUUGUACCAUUUUUCUGUUAGUGCCUUCACCACUGUUGCCCAAACAUUUGAUAAAAAGGGAGUGCUAGCCGACAUCUUAAAGCAGAUUGAUCCUGGCAAAUAUUCCCUGGUUAAUUCUAAGACAAGUGCAGAUGAUGUAGCUGAGAUGCUAUGGCGGAGUUUAAGAGGAAAGCGAUAUCUCGUCAUUCUUGAUGAUAUAUGGGAAGUUGAAGACUGGCAACAGUUGCGAGAAUCAUUCCCUAAUGAUUCCAAGGGGAGCAGAAUUAUUUUUACAAGUCGCCGUCAUGAUGUGGCUCCUCCAGAUAUGCUCUAUGAAGGAAAACCUUUUGAGCUGAGACUACUCAAUGCAGAAGAGAGCGUGGAUUUAUUGCAGAGCCGAUUAUACAAACGUUGUAGAGAUACACUAGAUCUCAGUUACAAACAGCUACCUGAGCAUUUAAAGCCAUGCCUUUUGUAUUUUGCAACGUUUCAAGAAGAUGAACAGGUCUCGGUCAAUAGGCUGCUUUCGUUAUGGAUGGCCGAAGGGUUCAUCCGGAAAGUCGAGAUGAAGCGCCUGUCAGAUGUUGCUGAAGAAUAUCUGAAUGAUUUGAAAGCGAAAGACGAACAGUUUUUACAUUUCCUUGAAGGAGGGCAUGAUGAAUUGUCAGCUUUCUGCGAGCCGCGAGUGUUGGAUUUGGAAAGAAUUCAAUUAGAUGGUGAUAUUCCAAGUGAAAUCGGUCAACUGGUUCGGCUAACCUACCUUGGAAUACGAGGCAUUGUGCGGGAGAUUCCAUCAUCCAUAGGUAACCUUUCUAAUUUGGAAACUUUUGUACUAAUAAAUGAACGUUCAUCUGAUCUACUCUUACCAGACAGUUUCUGGAAUCUGAGAAAACUAAAGCAUUUUCGCGUAUCCAGAGGCGAUUCAUUUACAUGGGGUGUUGUAUUGCCCGUGGCAAAUCUUGACAACUCAUCAGAGUUUUAUGAGUUGGAUACGAUUUCUGGCGUGGACAUUCCUUAUGAUUGGGUAGAAAGAGUCAUGAAAAAGUUUCCAAAUGUGCGUAAGUUGAAAUUCAAGCUUAGCAGAUUACAGACUCCUGUAGAAGAUAUAUUUAAAGACUGGAGUGAGAAUCCUAUCCAGACUGUUGUUCUUGACAUCUUGACACAACUAGAAUCGCUUUGUGUCGAUUCAGGUGUGGCUGGUUGUGGGGUUGAGCUUAGUUUGCCAACAAAUCUGAAGCAACUGACAUUGGGAUCAUUUUACUUGACUGAAGGGAUUCUUUCAGGCAUUGGUAAAUUACCAAACCUCGAAUAUCUCAAAUUAAAGGAGUGGAGUGGGUGUGAUGAUCAAUUCGGGUGCCUCGAGAAGUUGGUACUUUCUCAUUGCAGGUGUUUAGAAGAGAUUCCUUCUUGUUUCGAAACCAUUUCGACGCUUCAAAUGAUCAAGGUCAGUUAUUGUUCUGAUACCGUGACAGAGUCGGUGAAGAAGAUCAAGGAAGUACAGGCGGACUAUGGAAACUCAGAUUUGAAGAUCAUCAUUAUUCGGGACAUUUUCGCUGGCGAUCUUUAUAAAUCAGGAGAAGAUGAAGGUGUUUGCGCUCUACAUGAUGCAAUUAAAGCCUUGACAGAGCAGAUGACAUUCUUGAAAGCUCUCAUCCACUUUGUCGUACAGAGAAAUACUGAACCAAACAAGGAUUGGUUAGCUCAUGUUGGAGCGGUUGUUAUUGAGGCUGCAUUUUUCCGUUUUGAUGAUGGAUUUUGUCAGGAAAGUUCUGGAGCAUUAGGGUUGGAUAAAAGAGUUGCAAGAAAAAAGAUUUUGGAGAUUUCAACAUUGAUCCAAAAGAUCAAGAAUAUUCAUCCUCAGGUCUGUAAAACUUUCACUGAAGCACUGAUCAGCACAAAGUUGACCACAAGAUUGCUUCCUCCCGCGGAUCACGGUACAGAAAGUGAUGCUGAAUCCCUUGUUGCAACACAGAACCUCCUGUCUUCCCUCGUAUCAAUUCUUUAUCGGAAGCUUACACAAUGCGGUCGAGUUGUGGAUCCUAACAGGGAUCAACUGCAAGAGUUAUAUGAAGGACUAAGAUCUUUGAGGAAAUCGGUUACCAAGCAACUACCAAACAAACUUGAUCAGAAGAAUAUUCAGGGAGACAUUGUUUCUGUGGUAUGUGAUGUCGCAGUAUUCAUUUGCUCAUUCCAGCAAAGUCAUGAUCAGGAAGCAGGCCUAAUUUGUAUUGUUCAGCAGUCGUCUGAAACAAUCAAGAAAAUUCUGUCAAACCUUGGAGUUGCAGAGAAAGAUGCACAAGUUACACUUUUCAACUCUCGCAGCACGACUCUAUUGGCUUUUUUCGACUUUUUGAUUGAAAAGUUGAUGGAGCUGACAAGCAACAAUGUUGAACUGACGGCUAUCCAACAAGAACUUGAUUCCUUGAGAUCUUUGUUGGGGGACAUUGUGGAGCAGCCAAAUGAUCAAGGGGAACUCCAAGAUCUGAAAGGUCGUAUUUUGGAGGUGGCCUACAGGGUGGAAGAUCUCAUCGACCACUCCUUACUGGUUGGCAGUCCCCAAAUUCUCUUUCAGAAUUAUCUUUUUCUAUCAGAAAUCACAUUCAUGAAGAAACCAGAAAUCCACGAGAAGAAAUCAACGGCGAGUCAAAGCCAGCUGGUGAAAUCAACUUCUCCCUCAAUCUCGACAAAAGAAAUUGUUGGCUUUCAUGAUGAGGCAACAUCAAUAAUAAAUCGCCUCAAGAGAGGAUCCAAAAAUUUGCGAGUACUGGCAAUUGUAGGAAUGGCGGGUCUAGGCAAGACCACUUUAGCAGAAAAGGUUUACAACAAUGAAUCAAUCUCGUACCAUUUUUCUGUUUGUGCCUUCACCACCGUUGCCCAAAAAUUUGAUAAGAAUGGAGUGCUACUUGAUCUCAUAAAACAAGUUGAUCCUGGAAAAUAUUCCAAGAUUACUUCGGAGGCAAAUGCAGAUGAUGUAGCCGAGCAGUUAUGGCGCAGUUUGAAAGGGAAGCGAUAUCUCAUUGUUCUGGAUGAUAUUUGGGAAGCUAAAGCCCAGCAACACUUGCAAGCAUCAUUCCCUGAUGAUUCCAAGGGAGUAGAAUCAUUUUUACAAGUCGUCGUCAUGAUGUUGCUCCUCCAGAGAUGCACGAUGAAGAAAAUCACUUUGAACUAA